AUGAGGGUUCUUCUAUUAGGCGGUACCGGCAAUGUUGGAUCGCGCCUUCUAUCUGCUCUUAUUCAGAGAGAACAUACGGUUUUCGCGUUCGUACGCGACCCUUCGAAACUAGCUCCCGGUGUCCAAGACAAGCUCGCAGGUAUUAGCAUAGGUGAUGCCAAAAAAGCGGCCGACAUCAAAGCGGCAGUAACCCAAAACCGAUGUGAUGCAAUUGUCAAUACUGCGGGGCUGGCUGCGAUGGCGCCCUGGGGCAAAAGCGAUUUGCCUGAUAUCGUGGAAGCUGUAACCACCGCUGCGCUGGAAGCGGGUCAAGAGCGGGGAAGCCCCCUGCGCGUAUGGUAUCUCGGAGGGCAAAGCAUUCUGGAUAUUCCCACCAAAAAGUGCAUGAUUAUGGACUAG